AUGCCAGGGGUCCCGACAGGACGUGCAUGCGAUGGAUGUCGCAAACAAAAGAAAAAAUGUGACGAGAAACAACCCGCCUGUUCACGCUGCAUUCGCCUGAAAAUAACAUGCGUGGGGUCGGGUCAACAGCGGUUUAAGUUCCAACAGGACAAGCGCUUUGCAUUUGCGGUUUCUUCUCGUCCUCAAGUGCAAAAAAUGGACUCUGACUCCCCCGAAGCGAUCAGUAAUGCCUCGGAGUUCGUUUCUAUAGUUGCUAUGCCGACCAAACCUGAGCCGAUGCAUAUUCGUCUUCCGCCAGAUUCUCCAACAGCGACUCUUACUAAUGACCUCUCGUCAUUGGCGAAUCGGUUUAUUAAAACUAUUAACCCAUCCACUGAUCUACGGUAUAACCUUUGGUGGACGUUCGGUGCGUAUUUGGAAGACAUCCCACGAAGACUAGGCACGAAUGAAGCGCUUGACCGCUCGAUCGAGGCAUUGACAACUGCGCAUGCUGGGUUCUGCAGUGUUCAUCGUCAAGGAGCGACCGUUGAGGCCUUGGCAAGUUACGCGCAGGCAUUAAAGACACUACGCAUCUAUCUAGAUGAUCGAGUCCAUGCGCGAUCAUCCAACACGCUUUGUGCGGUGAUGGUCUUGUUGAUUUGUCAACUGUUCUUGGGUCAGACUACACAAUGCUGGUCUGGGCAUGCGGAAGGGGCAGCACAGAUCCUUCAAGCCCGAAAACAAUGCAAACCGCGUGACCUGUUCGAGAAGAAACUAUUCCUGUCGUUACGCGGCAGUGUGCUCUUCGAGGGCCUCUUCAACGACCGAAUCAACCUCACUCAGGCAGAAUGGGACGAUCUCGUCACCAGUGAAUUCGAUCAAAAUACGCCCGAAGGCCGAAUUCUGGGAUGUCUCGCCCGCGGGCCUGAUUUGAUGCGCCGCGGCCGUCAGAUCCUACAAACAGGCACCGAUGCGACCCUCAUUCGCGCUGAGAUCUUGACAUUAUACCAAAUAUGCCAAGUAAAUCUUCUGGAGCUGAAGGCUCGAGCAAUCGAGAACGAUGUCUCAUCCGUUGACAUGACGAGCUUCUCCAAGAGGGCCGAGAAAGCAGUCAGGGAUUUCUUCUAUGCACAUUACCAACGCACGUAUGGAGUCGGGCUAGUCGUGACAUUGUUUUUCAAUUGUAUGCUUGGGGCACUCGUGACGAAUGCUUAUGACGGUGAUUCUGUUUCUGCUGAUGCCACAGAGCUUGCAGAAGAGGUUCUCGCACUCGCGGAGCGGUCGGCGAUUUAUCGACCUGUUGGCGCAGCUUAUCUUCUUAUUUGUCUUGCGGCUGCGUGGGCGGCUACUAGUGACCCCGUGUUGAAGGCAAAGGUCAGGGUCGCACUAAAUGACUAUCGUGGGGAUUUUAGAAUGAGGGAUCCGACUUAUCUGUCCCAGGAACUGGAGUGGACGGCUGAGCAUUUAAGGCUCGGUAUUCCCUUUCGAAUCAAUGGGGAGAGCUAUUAUUCGGGUUUAUAG